ACAGAGUGUAAUCAUAUGACUAGAGAGAGGGGAGAGGGAGCAGGGGGGAGUGCGGAGCUGCUCCUGGAUCUCUUUCUGCUUCGCGGUGACUAGAAGUCGCAGCUGCGGGAAAUGGACGGAAGGAGAGCGGCUUCUAACUCGCACCGCAACGCGUCUGGCUGUCCGUGACCGGAUAGUUUGCGGCUGAUAUGAGCUCGGACUGCGAAAGUUACUACACCAAAGAAAACGUGCUCGUGGAGGGAUUCACGUGUCCGAAAGCGGACAGUGACACCACGGCACUUUUCUGCUGCGGGUUCAGCGACUUGAAGUACUGCUGCGAUGACCCCAACAGCUUCUUCCCCUACGAGUAUGGAUACAUGUGGUGGUUGAGUCUCGGAGCCCUUGUGGGUCUCUCUGUUGCAGCUGUGGUUCUUCUCGCCUUCAUCAUCACUCUGUGUGUCCUCUGCUAUCUGUUCAUCACCACCAAACCCAGAGGUCUGGACAAUGGACUGCCUCUCCGAGCACCAGGUUCGUCGUCGGGUCCACAGGAACCGGGGCCAAGUCACAGCAGCGCCCCCACUGGUCCUCAAGGCCUCAGGAAACACUUCCUGAGAGGCAAGCUAGACUGUGACAACCAGCCUCCGGAUCCCGACCGGCUUUUCCAGCGCUGUUUCAUGGCUACCGUUACAUCGAUCAACGUCGAGGGUCCUACAUAGACCGACCGACUGUUUGUCCUUUUGAUCAGCUACUGUAGCAGAAGAUGCAAAUGUGACUUUAGUUUAGUGUAACGUUUUGCCUUUAUCAUCUUGAGUUUGACUUAAAUUAUUUGUUAUAUGUGUUUGUGUGAUGUAUUUGUUGCAAAGCAAAACAACACAGAAGUGCUUUUGCUUCUUACAAUCAACAAAGUCUAAUUGAAAAUUACUAUUUUGUUGCUGUCCGCUGCAUCGCUAAAACCAAACGGCAUCACAGGCAGCUUCAAGCCAAAAACAAACAAAUCUAGACUGCACAACUAUGGGCUUUCUUUCAACAGUUAAAUAUUUGUAUGUGAUAAAUCCUUUGGGUAGGGAAUUUGCAACAUGUUUGCUGACGUGUUGAAUGCAGAUCAUUUGAAAUAAAAGGAUUUAAUCAGAUGCUAUUACAAAAUGUAUUAGUUCCUGUUUCUCUAGAAAAUUCCCCAACACCCAGAGGUUAUUUUUAAUGCAUUUCAUGUUUCCUAUUCAACAAAGAUGUGGACAUGAGCUGAGAGGCCAAGUAAUUUUGACCAAAAAAUGCUAAGUAAAAUGCUUGAACCUCUGGGGGCCACUGAGUUUCCUCACAGGCUGUGUAUUGGAUUUAUUUGUGCCUAUUCUUCUCAUUCAACCUGCAGCCUCUGCUUGUACAGAGAGGAUAAACUCUGUAUAGAGGAGGAGAACAGUGGGCUCAAACUGAAAUAAAAUUGACCUAAUGUAUCUUUCUGCUACUCUGUUAUUACCUUUAAAGCAAUUUUACACAAGGACAUCAGUUCACUCACAUAAGCUGUCGAUACACUCCCCUCCAAAAGUACUGGAACAGUGAGACCAACUCCUUUAUUUUUGCUGUAAACAAAACAUUUGGGGUUGACAUCAAAUGAUGUAGCCACCAGAGGCUUUAACAGUGAGACUAGAGAUCAACAUUUAAGCUUUUAUUUCCAGGUAUUUACAUCUGGAUCUGAUGCACAACUUUGAAGAUGGCACAUUUUGAAAAAGCUCCCCCAUUUUUCAUGUGAGCAAAAGUAUUGAAAUGUGACUGACGGGUUUGUUUUGUUGCCCUGGUUUGUCCUAUUAUGUUGAUUACACGAACAAUAAAUAGCACUCAACGUCUA